CUGGGUGAGGACAGUAGGCUAAGUGAGUGGUGUGGAAUAUCUCUAAGUGAGCCAGCUUAGUGUAGUCUAGUCAUGAGUUCGAACACGCAAAAUAUCACUGUGUUUUUUAUCUUUACUUUUCUCGUUUUUGUCAAUGCCUGGCUGUUCUUUCAGACGUCUGUUGGAUAGAAGUCUUUAUUGAUGGUUUUAAAUUAAGAGGAUUCCAAACCGGCGGUGGAUGUGGACCAUUUUUAAGCGGACAGCCGCCCCGCUGACGUGGACCGCCGGGGACGCGGUGCGCGACCUUGUGGGGCGUCGACAUGGACCUGACGCGGCUGGCGGUGGACGCCGGUCAGUUCAUCAACCGGGCCGUUCAGUACACGGAGGAGAGUCUCGGUCAAGCGGAGAAGACGGAGGUGGACCCCGGGCUGGACGAGCUCUUUGCCCGGGUGGACGCAACCAAGAGAUGGACGGACCAGAUCAUCUCCCAGACUGAGGUUUUACUGCAACCCAAUUCCGGAGCGCGGUUAGAGGACCGGCUGUAUGAGCAUCUGGAUUGGAGCGUCCCUCCCCGGCCUCGUGCACACGAGGUACUGGGAGACCAAAUGACCCAGGCCGGGCUGGAGAUGGGGUCCAACACACCCUAUGGAACUGCACUGCUCAGGUGUGGCGAUGCCCAGAAGCAGCUUGGCGAGGCAGAGAGGAAAUUUGUCCAGAGCACUAACAUCCACUUUCUGAGCCCUCUGAGGAGCUUCACUGAGGGGGAAUACGGGGCCAUGCAGGCUGAGCGCAAGAUGCUGGUGAAUAAGCGUUUGGAUUUGGACAUAGCUAAAACCAGGCUGAGGAAAGCGCAUGAAGCCGACCGAGAGGGCAGAAACCUGAAUGCCAACCCGCUGGAAGAGGACUACUUGUCUCACGUGUCUUACAUGUUCAGCUUCCUGCGUGUUAAAUGGCUGAAGAUGUGGGCUCAGGAAAUCUCUCAGGCAGAGACGGAGCAGAGAAUCUGUCAGAGUCUGUUUGAUCGACAGUCUGAAAAUACAAGACGAGUUGUGGAAGGAAUCAACAGUACUCACACCAACCACAUGCGAAGCCUGACAGAGUUUGUGGAAGGUCAGGCUUGUUACUUCGACCAGUGCAACCAACACGCUCAGGAACUCAAGAGGCAGCUGGCCAGCAUUCCAGCUGUCUUCUGCUCCAACAACUGGCAGUCAGCAAUUAGUGCCGAAGUUACUCAGCCAUCAACCAACGGCCAUGUAGCCAAUGAGCACGUUGGGUUAAACGGGGUCGUCCCGAUUCCCAAAGUUGUCCACCAAAUUCUCGACUUUGACCAGGACUCAUGGACCAAUCCACCCACAGCAACCGAGGCAAAAAAAGAUUUGUCUGUAACCACACAACCAAAUAACAACAACAAUAACAACAACAACUCUUUGUCCUCUGAUGAGCAAGCUACCAGCCACUGGUCAGUGAUCAAUCUAGGACUUGAUCAUGUCUGUACAUCAAAUUUGAGUCAGAUUUCAACCCUCGGCAGAACAGCAAGCGCACAAACCAAUGCAGCCGCUGCUGGAAGAAGCAAUGGUGCCGGUAGUCAGACGACAACAACUUCCCCGCCUUCUGACAUCAGUGGAAAUGAGUCUCAGACAGAAAAUGCAGCAGCUGGUGACGCCGUACCCACCGAAAACAUCGCUAUCGAGACAAGUACUGAAACCAGGAGCGAGGUGCCCCCUGCUGACAGAAAUGAUGUGUGGGAGUCACCAUGAGCAGGACAGUCAAUGUGGGAUAUGACACCAAUAUCAUGACGGCCGGCUUUACCGGCGCUUCAGCUGAUUUAGAGCAGCAGUAGUUCUCACCGUAGAGCGAAGAAUUAUAAAGGAACAGGUACACAAUCAUUAUAACAUGUUGUUCUGUCAAGUCAACUUUAAUUAAUCAACUUUAAAAUAUGGUAAAGUGGUUGUAAAAGUGCUUAUUUUUCUAAGUGAUAACUCAGUCUAGCCUUUAGCCUAGAAUAUUAAUGAAUUCCUCUUGUUGGGUGAUAACUGUUGUGUAUCAGUCCCCUUUUGUGGCAAUGGUUACAUUUGCAAUGUGUGACUGUGAAAAGUAGAUUUUCUGUCUGGGAAAGUAAGUUUUUCUUUGUUAAGUGAGAGAACUAAUAAAGCUUUGUGCCAAGUGUA